AUGUCCCGCCUCCUGACUCGCUAUUGGUUCCCCGGGCAGCACAUGCUAGCCUCCUAUUGGCUGCUGCAGCCGUCCUCCCAGAAUAGCGGGAUCGGAUUGGCCAGCAGGUGCCAGCUCCCUUUCCCGCGCGGUUGCGGGGUUGCCGGAGACGGACACGCUGUGCUGGGAGCUGAGAGCCAUAGCAACCGGUAACUGGCCUGGCCUUCAUCCACAGCGCGCGGGCCCCAACACCGGCACAGCAUCAUGGGAGAGAGGGGGCACUGCCUGCUGAGCAUGCUGGGAGUUGGAGUCCAUGAUGGCAGCAUGCCUGAGUACAUGGAGUCUGUGGGAGCACACAGGCUGUGCCAUUGGACAAUGCAGGGACAGACUGAUAAUAAUAAAUAAUAAUAAUUAAUAUAAUAUAUAAUAAAUAUAUAAUAAUACUAAGACAGACUGAUAAUAAUAUAUAAUACUAAAUAAUAUAAUUACAAUAUAUAAUAACAAUUAAUAAUAAUAAUACAAUAUAUAAUAAUAUAAUAAGAAUAUUAUAAUAAUAUGAGUGUAUAAUAAUAACUAGAAAAGUUACAAUUUCUGGGGAAAUUGUGUGAAGUGUUCUUGCCUCCACCAGUAGUCUACAACUGGAGUGGGCGGAGUAACUGUUAUCAUUUAUAUAGCACAUUUAAUUGCAACGUUGUUGCACAGUUACAUUAACCCCUUAAGGACCGAGGACGGUUCAGGACCGUCAUCGGCAUUUUUGCGUUGCCGACCGAUGACGGUCCUGAACCGUCCUAACGGUCAGAGCUACUUACCUGAUCGCCGUCGUUCCCCCGGCGGCGAUCAGCGUGGCUCCGGUUGUGGGGAGACUGCCUGCAGCCCAGACAGUCUCCCCACGGCAGAUUAGGACCCCUGUGGCCAUGUGAUCGCUUAACACAGCGAUCACAUGGUCACAAUAGGUGUCUACCUGCAGGGGGACUGUCUGUGCUGACAGGCAGUCUCCCUGCUAGUGUAAAAUCAGUAAAAAAAAAAUAAAGUUAAUGUUAAUAAAAAAUAAAUAAUUAUAUAGGUGUAUAUAUGAUAUAUAGACAUAUAUUAUAUCUAUAUAAUAUAUGUCUAUAUAUCAUAUAUAUAUAAUGCCAUACUAAGUGUAUUUUUAUAUUAAUAUGUACUUAUAUUAAUAUAAAAAUGCACUUAUAAUUAAAUUACACACGUAUAUAUAUAAUAACUAUAUAUAUUGUGUAUAUAUAUAUUAUAAAAUAUAAAUAAUAAGUAAUUUAAAUUAAAUAAUUUUUUUUUUAAAUAAUAAAAAAUUAAAAAAAAAUUAUAUAGCUAUAUGAAAUUUUAUUCUAACUGUAUUUUAAAAUUAAUAUAUAUAUAUUUAUAUCAAAAUACACUUAGAAUGAAUUUGUAUAUAUAUCUAUGUAUAUAAAAAUAAAUAAAAAUAAUAAGAAAUAUACAUACGUCCAUAUACAAAAUUACAUAAAUAAUUAUAUAAAUAUACACGUAGACUUCAAAUAUAUAAAUAUGCAUAUAUAUUUAAAUUCUACGUGCGUAUUUAUGUAAUAGUUUUACAUAAUUCAGUAAUUUUAUUGAUUGCAAUUUAAGGGACCUGCCUGCCAACCCAGGCCGAAAUUCCAGAGAAUUGAAUUUGCUAGCACUGUAUUUUACCCUGUAACGUUCUACGACACCCUAAAACCUGUACAUGGGGGGUACUGUUUUACUCGGGAGACUUCGCUGAACACAAAUAUUAGUGAUUCAAAACAGUAAAACAUAUCACAGCGAUGAUAUUGUCAGUGAAAGUUACUUUUUUUGCAUUUUUCACACACAAACAGCAGUUUUACUGAUGAUAUAAUUGGGUGAUUGUGUUUUCCAGUUUUUAAACACUAAUUGGUAUUGGUGAUGUCUCGGAGUAAAACUAUAUUUACAUGACACAUUUUGAAUAUUUUAUUUGUUGCACAGUUAGGUCAAAUAUAUAACAUUUAGGUAAAAACAUUUUUUACAUUCAAAAGGCCAGUACGUUGCCUUUGAGAGCGUAUGGUAGCCCAGGAAUGUCAAUUAUUUUACGGUGGCAUCACCUUCAACACAGGUCAGUAUUUUAAAAACUAUAACUCCUACAGUAAGAGCUUUAUAUUGUGAGAAUCACAAGACCCAGACCUACAUUUUGAUGCAUAGUAUGUCUCUGAAACAUUAAAAAUGAAGGCACAGUCGCAGUUUAGAAAUUGCCUUCAAAUUUGAGGUGUAGAGUGGAGUUUCAAUGAAUGUCAAUGGACGGCGUGAAUUGCAAACAAAUUGUCAUAAUGUCACUAUUGAUGAAAACACCUAUCAUAACAUGACUAACGGCUCAGGAGCCGUUUUUGUAGAUGAUGUUCAAGUAAAAGUAAAAAAACAUGGCAGGAGGGAAAUACAUAGCUGAAACGUUUUGCAAGAUUUGUGCAACAUCGCAAAAACAGUCCAGUCCUUAAGGGGUUAAACCAUACAUUUAUAAAAAACAUUAGCAGGUGUUCAAAAGGCCCUGUCUAUGACAUCACUUGCUGCUGCAGCCUUGACAGGUCAGAGUAUUUUGGUGGUUGCCAUCUUCUAACGGUCGUAUCUUAAAAACUAUAACUCCUACAGUGAAGAGCUUUAUAUUGUGAGAAUCACAAGACCCAGACCUACAUUUUGAUGCAUAGUAUGUCUCUGAAACAUUAAAAAUGAAGGCACAGUCGCAGUUUAGAAAUUGCCUUUCAAAUUUGAGGUGGCUAGAGUGGAGUUUCAAUGAAUGUCAAUGGACGGCGUGAAUUGCAAACAAAUUGUCAUAUUGUGAAAACUAUCAGGACUACGGCUUAGCCGUUGACAUGUUUAGUGGCAGGAGGGAUAGCUGAACGUUUUGAUAUAAGAUUUGUGUAGGUGGGCCUGAAAAUAAGGGAGUGGUGGCAGUUUAGAAAUCAUGUCCUGAUUUUUCAGCUUUUGCCAGCUCCCACUCUAGUUUUGAACAUUUUGCCAUUCAUUCCUAUGGGACCAAUUUUGCCACAAAAAUGACGAUAUUCCGUGAACCAUUCAGCGAAACGUUCCACAAAGUAAUAGCACACCAAUCUGGAACAAUCCGCAUGUUUCGGUAUAUUACUGUCUAUGUAGUGUAAAAACUGUUGGAGGAGUUAGGGUGGUAAAUUUGGCUAUAAUAAUAUAUGUGAGAUAACAUUAAGAGGUCUUGCUAUGCAAGAACACUUAAUUAUAGUUACAUUAUCCACCUAAUGUCGGUUUCUGCCCAGGAGAAUCCACUUCCAGUCAGUUUGUUUAAAGCAAUGUUUGAUGACCCUUGGUUACAUCUACACCUGGUUACAGUCAUGCAGAAAUCACGUUCAAAUUCUCUCUCUAUCUAGAUAGAUAGAGAGAGAUUUGUUUGUAGGUACAUUGUUUCCUGAUCUCGGUAGCACAUUUCAUGAACUGCCCACCAUCAUAAAGAUGUAAUUCAUGUCCGAGAACACACGGCGAAGGUGGCAGUGGUGCGUGCGCACAGUUGCCUUGUGCUAGCGCUACCUGAAAUUAAACUGGAAACUUAAGUUUGUCUGAAAUGACUUAAAAUCUUGAAUUAUGUAUUACAAAAUAUUCUUAUUAGUUAAUUGGCGUUUUGAGUCUUUUAAAGUGCCCCGUUUAUCCCAAAUCCUGCUGCCAUUUUUUCCCCUUCACAUGUUGAAUUUGAAUUGUGCGUUUUACAGGCCUUGUCCGCACACAGCAGCAGUGAAUGUAUACCUUUGGGGAAACUUCAAAUUGGAGGCAUGCCCUCGUAUUGCCAUCCCUCGUUGCUUGCUCCCAGAGACAAUAUUAUAAUAUUUGGUGUCACACUACUGACGAGUAUCAAACUUUGACGCUAAUUAGUCUUUAGUUAACUCUGAUAACUAGCCCCCAGGGCUGAGCAACAACUGACAGCUAAAGCAUAUAAAUCCUGUGAUUGUUUCCAGCCAGUAUGGGGUAAUAAAGCUGUAUUGGUAAAUUGCAACCUAGUGAAGCAUUAUCCAAGCACGUGACGGCCACGGUGUGUACUGGGCACAGAUUACCUGUAGCAAGGGAUUAAAACCAUCAGAACACUGAAACCGAUAUAGGGUCUGCCACUCGUCACCAAGGGUUCACUGACUGUCUACCUCCUCAGUUAAAUUCAUUGAACAUGUCAGCUAGUCUUUAGGCCAGUAACACCAAAUAGUUUAUUCAUUGAACUGGAAGAGGAUAGAUGCACAUUUCAUGGCAAAAUAAACUGGAAAAGAAUCUUAAUUUCUGCAAUUUUGGUUAAAAAUUAGCUGUCCCCUUAUUUGUUCCCCAUCGUUCGCAGAUUAGUACAUAAACACCUCAGAUACUUACAUAUAUAAUAUGUAGUACACCUCCUCGGUGGUGAUCGUUGGUGUUUGAAUUUAGUUUCUUAUUAAUCUGUAAUCAUAUAAUUUUUUUUGUUUUGUUUUAUAGGUGUCAUAACUUGGUGCUACGGGACCUUUAG